CCUGGAGUCUGCUCAAACCAGAGGCUCAUACAGUCAGACAGAAACUGUGUGUGUAUGUGAGAGAGAAAGAGACAGAGAGAAAGAGAGUGAGACACACAGAGAGAGAAAGAGAAUCUAACAGCAACAAAAGACAGACAAAAGACAGAGAGAGUGACAGGAGGAGAGAGAAAAGACGCAGAGCUUCCUUCUCUCCUGACCACCACAGGUUGGUGAAAGUGACCCAUUGGCAGCAGGUUGAUGUGCCAGGGGAGAGGAGGAUGAAUCGUAAGUCCAAAUCUAAGAGCCAGGCGGGGUUGGAGAGUCUGCCCAGCUCACUGCUCACCCUACGGGAGCAGGAACAGCUACAGGAACUGCUGGGCAGACGCUGUGUGUCUCUGUCCACCACAGUGGCUCAGCUGCUCAUGGCUCUGCCCAAUAGCCCCGGCAACUGGAGCCUGCAGUACACUGGCGUGCUGUGCUUCAUCAAGGACAACCCACAACGCUCCUAUUUCCUACGCCUCUUCGACAUCAAGGGAGGAAAGCAGCUCUGGGAACAGGAGAUUUUUGACCAGAUGUCUUACUGUCGGGCACGGCCUCAGUUUCACACCUUUGCUGGAGAUGUGUGUCAGGUGGGCUUGAAUUUCGCUGAUCAGGGGGAGGCCGAGCUUUUCUACAACCAUGUCGAUGACAAGAUCUCUGCGAUGAGGGCAAGACAAGAGCGUGGAGCUUUGCCACCAACACCUGGUAAAAAUGAUCGAGGACUGCCACCCCUACCCAACCAAAAUGCCAAAAUGCCCAUGGCCACCAUUGACAUCCAGAACCCAGACAUCCAGGCCUCGCGGUACCGUUCCGUGCCCGUGCCCACGCCCGCUGCCACCAAAGGCAAGAAGGAGAAGAAGGAGAAGAAGAGCAAGUCCAAGAAGACCUCCAAAUUCUCCAAGGCCGACAUCGGAGCUCCCAGCGGCUUUACGCAUGUGUCUCACGUUGGCAUGGACCCCAAUAACUUGGACCCAGACCUAAAGAAGCUGCUGACCACCGCUGGCAUCUCCGAGGCCGACAUGAAGGACGAAGAGACGGCGCAGCUCAUCUACGACGUCAUCGAGCAGGCGGGAGGCAUGGACGCGGUCAAGCAGGUGGUCAACCAAGGUUCGGCUCCAGCGCCGCCUCCCCCUCACGGCCGCCAGGGGCCCCUUCCCUCCAUCCCCGGCUCCUCACCCUCACCUGGGCCGGCCCUACCUCCCUCUCGCAGCCGCUCCUCUCCUCUGCCCCCCGUCCCGGGAGGCGGUUCUUCCAGGGGUGGCCCUGCUCCUCCUCCAGGACGUAGCACGUUGCCCCCCGUGCCGCCCGCCUCGGGGGGGCGUCGGGAGUCCCUCCCUCCACCUCCCCCGUCCUCCGCCCGCCCGUCUCCUCAGCAUCAGUCACGCCCAGCUCCCCCGACGACAUCACAUCCUGGCCCGCCCCCUCCCCCUAUGUCACAUCAUGCUCCGUCUCCACCUAUGUCGCGUGUGCCUCCACCCCCGAACAAGUCGCUCCCGCCCUCACCUUCCUCCGCCUCUCGUCCCCCCAUGCCCCCGUCCCACGCUACUCCUCCCCCCACCCCUCCACAGCCCAACAGGGGAGGCCCUGCCCCACCUCCCCCUCCACCUCCUCCACCCGUCCAAACAUCUGCCCCACCUCCACCCCCGCCGUCUGGGAGGGCCGGCCCUCCACCCCCUCCGCCCAGCUCUGGGGGCGAUGAUGAAGGCGACGGGGGCGGAGGAGGACGAGGGGCUCUGCUUGACCAGAUCCGGCUGGGGAGGAAGCUCAAGACGGUGCAAAACAGUAAGGACCUGCCGCCCCCUCCCCCGGCGGACUCUGGGGAGGGCAUAGUGGGGGCCCUCAUGAUGGUCAUGCAGAAGAGGAGCAAAGCCAUCCACUCCUCAGAUGAAGGAGAGGAUGAAGAUGUGGAGGAUGAUGAUGACGACGAAUGGGACGACUGAUGCAAUCUCAUACCUUCUUUUCUUUCCUUCUUCAGUCCAUCUAUCACUUAACUGGUUUCUUAUGUGUCACUUCCUUGUGCACCCUUUUUUAAGACCAGGACACAAGCUAGUAUCCAUUUUGUUGUUUACUCAUACUCACUGUGGUUCUCCACUGAAAUGGUCAGCACUGUUACAAUAACACUUACGUUACACACAAGUGUCUAGUUAAGAAAAGUGGCCAUGUUAUAGUGAUGGUCAGUGUAUGUUCUCACUGUGUUUUCACAUGCAUCAUUGCUUGUUUGAUGAGCUCACGGCAUCAUAUAUAUUUGUUGAGUAAGCUAUUGAUAUUUCAUUGAAUCAUAAAUUGUAUUAUGAAAUAGCUUGAACUUGCAUAAUAGCCCACUUGCUUGCAUAAUGUUUUGUUUACUAUGUUUAGAUAAACAAGACAAAGCAAACUAAAUGUGGGUCUUGUUUGUCCAUGGAUGUAGUUGUUUCAAGCAAUUACGUGUCCAAAAGCCCACUCCAUCUUUCAUGAGUGCAUCACAGGGGACAGAAAUGUAUCACAACCGACAUGAUGACUUGAACACAGGAACUUAAGAGACUGAAAAAAUGUGUGCAUAGGUUUAGAAUUUCUUGGCUUUGCGUGUGAAAUAUUUUUGGAAAUAAAAAGCAGAUGGAGGACACUAUG